AUGUUCCGCGUCUUUGGACAUUGGCAAAUCCCUUUAGUCUGUGCAAUUGUCUGGUGGGGGAUGCUCAUCGCCAUGCUUGCAGUCUGGAGUGCUCAAGGUAAACCAAAAUACGGAACUGAUCGUAAAGACGUCGUUUUAGUUUACAUUUCAGAUAUUGGUGCAUGGUCGCUCCAAGCACUUUUCAUAGCUUGUGCAUCAGUCCAAGCACCGUUUUUCAUCCUUGCGCUUGCCGCAGAACGUUACCUGCGCCAUGCAGGCCGACUUCCUCCUAACCUACGGCGUCGUGAAAAACUUUUUGCCGCAAUCGCCAUUAUUCUUUCUAUCCCAGGACAAGUCGGUAUUAUCCUUGUUGCAGUCUUUAAUACUGUCAAACAUCAUACCCUCCACUUUUCAAUGCUUAUCAUGUUUCUUGUCUGUACAGGUGUCUCAGUUCUUUUUACCAUUCUUGAGUUUGGUUUCCUUGACUAUUCUUAUGCCCAUGCUCGUCGUCUACGUGUGUCAUAUAUGCUCAAGGCCUUUUGGCUUAUCAUUGCCAUCAUUUUAGCCAUUUGUUUUGCUGCUCUAAACCGUUCUUCUAAGGACGUUGCAGCUGCUGUUUUUGAAUGGUUUUUGGCCUUUUUCUACGGAAUGUACUUACUUAUUCUUUCUUACGACUUGUUCCCAGCAUUUAAAUCAUAUUCUAGUGCAAAUGCAAUUGAAUCAGGAAUUGAUCGAACUCUUUUUAGAGUCACUUCUUGGUGGCUUCCUCACCGUAUAAAAACUUCAGCACUUGCACAUCCUCCAUUGGAAAAGGAUUUUGUUGAAACAGACUCUGACCCGGCAUUAUCAGCAGAUGUUCGUCCUUCUACAACACCUACUUUUACUUCAUCUUCAAAUAAUAAUAAUGCCGCAAAUAAUAUUCCUUUGGAAAUCCCAACACCUGAUUGUGGAGACGCACAAAGACCUUCCUUAGGAGACAGGGUUUAUGAAAAUAGACGAAAUAUGACACAAGUCCCAACAGACGAAACUAAUCGAUUCCAAACAAGCUAA